CGUUCGUAUUGUGAUACAAUAGUGGAUGUAUUGACUAGUACAUACCUAUUGACACUUCGUACCUCGUGCAUAUGCACAUAUUUGGGGAAGCUGUUUUCCUUGGUCGAACACUCCACCUCCGCCAACCCGCUAGCCGCAUCCCACCUCCAUUGGAACUUUCUACCACCACCAACGACACCUAAAGAAAACCAACCUUACAACAUUUCCCCUCUCCAGCCAAACAGACGAACCGCACAUGCUCACAACCCAAAACUCGACUCCGUCUCAAUUCUUCCUCUGUUGGAUAAUCUUCGACCGAAAACCUGUCUGGUCACUAAGCCGACGAGGCGGAAGCCUCUGACCGAAUAAAACCGACGAAACGAGCCAAAAAAGCAACCGUCAACACGGCGUCCACCGAGCAUCAACAGGUCCCCGCGACCGGCGGGGGCGCACUUCCAGCAGCGCCUAAGUCGCCGAAUCAGACGCCAACGUCCCCGACAACGCCAACCUCUCCCCGCGGAAUGGCUGGCCUGACCCGCCCCAUCAUGCAGUCCAUGCCGGACACGCGCCAGCAGUCAUUCGAGGAGAUCUACGGGCCGCCCGAGAACUUUCUCGAGAUAGAGGUUCGCAACCCGCGCACCCAUGGCACGUCGCGCAACAUGUACACGGACUACGAGAUUGUAUGCCGGACCAACAUCCCGGCUUUCAAGCUGCGGCAGUCGUCAGUGCGACGGCGCUAUAGCGACUUCGAGUACUUCCGCGACAUCCUAGAACGUGAGAGCGCGCGUGUCACUAUCCCCCCGCUCCCCGGCAAGGUGUUCACCAACCGCUUCUCUGACGACGUCAUCGAGGGCCGACGCGCAGGGCUCGAGAAAUUCCUCAAGAUCGUUGUCGGCCACCCACUGCUCCAGACUGGUAGUAAAGUCCUGGCUGCGUUUGUACAAGAUCCUAACUGGGAUCGCAACGCCUGGUGACUGCGUCUCUUCGACUCGUUCAUGAACAAUAACAACGGGUCACAAGUAUCCGGUGGCCGUCGUACGCCUAGGAAGCUUCGAAAGAGGCCGCCGAAAUCGCUCGCGGAGACCCAUUUGCAGGGGGUAGCAUCGAAACAUAGUAGCUGGGAAACUGAGACGACAUUACGAUAAUUAUGAAAGGACCGACCAAAAAGGACUUACUCAUUACCGUUGUGGUGAGACUCGUGAGGAAAGAGAGACGAAGGCUAUGAGUACAUUUUGCUUCGCGAUGCCGGCGUGGAUUUAGCUAACUUGAGACUGAGGGGUGCGGUUGGUGGCUGUAACCUUGUAAGAAAGAAAUAUUCAGAUUACCUCUCUUGUGGUCCGAAAGGGGGAUAAAAUUUUCAAUACCUUCAAUUCCAUCGAUAUUACAUAUCAUGCCUAGCGUUUCUCUCACGCCUCUAAUUAUAAAUUUAUUGAACACACCAGAGGAUGAGUCUAUUUCUGUUCAAUCCCAUUUCCUGUUCCUUUCAUAUGUGUGUAUAUAUCAAUAUAUUCAGAAAUGAAAUAGAGUAUUAUUCAUUCAA